UGCCAGCUCUCUCCAGGGACAAGCAGCCAUGGGACCCAAGUGCUGGAUGAGGACCACCAAGUGCCAGCUGCUGGUGACCAGCCUCUGUGUCAUGCUCCUGGGGUUGUCCAUUGCCACACUGACCACAGUCACCCAGUAUGGGCUCCAUUUCACCCUGAUGAGUGACAUCUCCCUGGAAAGCAACUCCUACAGGGUCAUCCAUCACACAGCUUUCUACUUGGGGAUUUGCCUCAGCAUGACCCUGAUCCUCGCAGCCCUGCUCAGCUCUGCUGCCACGUUGCGGGAAUCUCGGCGCCUGACAGCCAUGGGAUUUUUCUGUUUUGCUCUGGCCUUCUGUGGAUUGAUCCCAACUGCCUGCUGGAGGUACAUGCACAGCACAGAGGUGGAAGACAGCAUGAUGGAUGUGUAUGAUCUGGUGUAUGAGGAGGUGAGGAGGAAUGGCUCCAGCAUCAGGAGGCAGGAGCUGACUGCCAUCCACCAAGCAUUCCUGUGCUGUGGGAAGCAUUCUCCAUUUGGGGACACGACCAGUGUUGAGAGCAGGACUUGCCCAUCUGGCCAGGUGCAAGGUGCAGGACAGGACUGCCUGCAACAGAUCCAGGACUUCCUGAAGAAGCACCUGGACUUUGUUUCCACGCUCCUGGGCAUCUCCAUUGGCUUCACGGUUUAUGGGAUGCUCCUGACUUCAUUCCUCUGGUUCUCCAUCCACUUCAGCAGCAACCUGGACCGUAAAGGCAAAUACAUCCUGAGAGAGAGGUAGAAACCUCCCACCCAGGCAUCCCUGUCAGGCAGAGACAGGUCCUGGUGCAUGAAGGUGUCUGAAGCCACUCACAAAAUCCCCCGGGAAGGGGUUGUGUGGGGUCAGAUGAUGGGAUGUGUAUCACGUUUCCCCUUCCUGCAUUACUAGCUGGUGGGAUUUUCUGAACUGGUGAGAGUGGGAGAUGCUCUGAGAGGAGCAGUCCCACAGCCUCCUCACUGGAAAUGCACAGGGACUGAGAGACACCUGGGAGAUGGAGAUCACAUCCCCCAGGGAUGUAUGGGCUGUAGCUCCACAAGCAGGGCACAAAGAGGGCAAAAAUAGAAAAGCCCAGAAAAAAAAAAAAUCACAGCAUUAAACCAAAUUUCUCUUGUGCUGUCAUGGAAUCAUAGAUUGGGUUGGGUUGGAAGGGAUCUUAACACCAGCCAAU